GGAGACGAUGAGACAGAGCGAGCGAGCCCAAGUGCCAUGAGCGCACUCAAUCUGCGAGCGCGUCAGCAUCUGGUGGGGCGCGGGGAGUCGGCCAAGGCAGCGCCAUCGACUCGCGCUGCAGCUGCGCUGCGCUGCUCGGCCAUGGCGACGAAGCCCGUGGUGCUGCAUUUGCAGAGCCUGCCGCUGGAGCCGCGCGCGGCCGAGGAUUUGCAUUCCAAGUUCGAGAACUUGUUCAUUUGGGAGCAGGCGGAUCCCGCGGCGUUCUUGGCCGAAAAGGGGGCGUCGAUUCGAGGAGUGGUCACGGGCGUGAGGCCGUGGGUGAACCAAGAGCUGCUGGACAAGCUCCCGAAUGUGGAGAUCGUGUCGAGCAACACCGUGGGGCUCGACAAGGUGGACGUCUCUCUCUGUAAGGAACGUGGGGUGUCGGUGACGAAUACUCCUGAUGUGCUCACUGAUUGUACUGCCGACACUGCCCUGGCGUUGCUGCUGGCAUGCAUGCGUCAGAUUCCCGCCGCUCAUCAGUACGUCUGUGACGGAAGGUGGCCCAAGGAGGGCGACUACCCCGUAACCAAUAAGGUGAGUGGAAAGCGAGUCGGUGUAGUUGGCCUUGGACGAAUUGGAGCUGCCAUAGGUAAAAGGCUUGAGGGUUUUGGGUGCCCGAUAAGUUACUACUCCAGAUCUAAGAAGCCACAAUAUCCAGAAUACAAUUAUUACAACAGCGUGGUGGAGCUUGCCCGAAACUCGGAUAUUCUCGUAGUGGCUUGUGCACUGGAGAAGGCAACGACGAAAAUAAUUAAUCGGGAAGUUCUGGAUGCACUAGGACCUACGGGUUUCGUGGUGAACAUAGCCAGAGGGCCAGUUAUAGAUGAAGCCGAGCUUGUCAAAGCGCUGGUGGAAAAGAGAGUGGCUGGAGCCGGGUUGGACGUCUUUGUAAAUGAACCCGAAGUGCCGAAGGAACUACUCAAUAUGGCAAAUGUUGUGGUUCAACCACACGUGGGAAGUGCCACAUAUGAAACUAGAAACGCCAUGGCGAAUCUUGUGGUUGAAAAUCUAGUUGCUCACUUUUCUGGAAAACCAUUGUUGACACCUGUCUAAUCAAUAAAUCGAUCCAAACUGUAAUACGAUUCGA